CGCGCUACACCAUCAACAGAACACGCAAUUGACGUCGCCUACACAGAUCGUCAGAAGCGCAAAGCAGAGAACCUCGCCCAAGAAAUCUUUGGCAAGAACCGUCGUCAAAGUGCCCCUCAGAACAACUCCAACAACAAGAGAUCGCAAACGCCUGUGGGUGGAAGUCUGGCCAGUCGAGUCGGCAUCACAAAGGCGCCCGCAUCACUUCCGACUCUCGGCAAACAGCAACAGAACCGUGGAGCUCAAAAGAAUCGCAACAACCGUCAACCUGGAGGUGCAGACACAAGAAGAGAUGCAGCAUACCAAUCAGCAGCACAACAGGCCACACCUGCCUCAUUCAACAUCAAGCCACGAUCCUUUGCGACUGUCGACAGCGAAAUAACAAUUCGUGGAGCUGCCGGUCCUUAUUGUGUCGUCGCCAGCAACUUUGCGCCAGGUACAACAGCUGCCGACAUUGAGAGUGUCAUGGCUCCAGUUGGUGGUGAGUUGUCUGGCUGCAAGUUGGUCUCUGCCUCACCUACAGUGAUUGCAGAGAUGCUGUUCCUGGACAAGGCUGGUGCCGACAAUGUUAUCAACAUGUUCAAUGGCAAGAAGGAGGGAGGCCCAUCGCAAACCAUCCGCUCUACUACAUCGCGCGUCGCUUCUCCUGUCGUCAUAACUCAACCUGAACCUACUCAAGAACAAGGAGCCGAAGACACAAUGGAGAUCGAGCAAUCAUACCCUACCGAGCCCAGCCCUCUUCCACCUCACGAGCCUUCUCCCCAUCCCGCAUACAACAACUCACGGCCUCGCGAUGGUAGGGCUUCGUACCGCGAAGACUACGAUCGCGGUAACCGCCAUGCGGAACCGGACUAUCAAGAUGGAAGAUAUGGCUUCAACGAGCAACGCUAUAACGAGCCGCGCUAUGAUGAUCGCCGUCCCAGGUACCAGGAUGAGGGUCGUAUGUACUCGGAUGACAUGAUGCGCGGAAACCCUCGUAGAGGUGGAGGAGGUCGCGGUGGUGGUCGCUACCGCGGAUAG